CGGAAGAGCAGGUAGACGGAAUGGCCGCUGCAGCGCCUGAACAGUGUGAACAGUAGGAGCUCAUUGACUUCGAAGCAGUUAUCGUACUCUGAACGGAGACUUGCUGGGAAGCACUUUGACGUGGAUGAGUUUUUGUUUAUCUCGAGCGCACAGAAAGGAAGGAAGAGGGCUAGAGGAAAAGCAGAGGCUGUGGUUUAUCGCUAAACACGGAGUGGGUGGUGUUCAGUAGCAGUUCAUACACACACACACAGUGGCACACACUAGUACACACACACAUACACUUAUUUGCGUGGAAGAACUUUGAGGAAAAUUUCACCUCGGUUGGCGAAGGAGUGAAAGAGAGAAAGUGGUAAGAUAAAGUCGCCCCGACUUCUUCCUCAAUUGUUUAUGCGACGUUCUGGACAUUCUGGGCGUUCUGGACGAAUUGGAAAAUUUAUCGUUAGAACCCGAGAGCUGCUUUAAAAAGCUUUUCAGCUGAAAAAUGGGUGGAAUUGAUGCGGAUGAAGAGGCUGGCUUUCCUGUGGAAAGAGACCAGCAGGAGGAAGAUCAGCAGGAUGAUGAGCAGAAAGGAUGCUGCGACAGGUUUCACCUCCAAGUCUCUAGAUGGAUGCUGCCAGAAGAUCUUAGAGAAACAUAUUUAGAACGCGCCAACUGCCUGCCACCGCCUAUCUUCAUCAUCCUCAUCAGCAUAGGAGAGUUGGCAGUUUUCAUCUACUACGCGGUGUGGAAGCCUCAGAAGCAGUGGGUGACGCUGGAGCAAGGCAUUUGGAACAGUCCCCUUACCUACAAACCGGACCACAGGGAGGAGGCAUGGCGCUUCUUAUCCUACAUGUUUGUGCAUGCUGGGAUCCAGCAUAUUGUGGGGAAUCUGCUUCUGCAGCUGAUGCUGGGCAUACCGCUGGAGUUGGUCCACAAGGGCUUUGAGGUGGGGAUGGUCUACUUGGGUGGCGUUCUUGCAGGUUCUCUGGCCAGUUCCAUUUUUGACCCGUACAGUGCUGUGGUGGGUGCCUCUGGAGGAGUUUACGCUCUCAUUGGUGGAUACCUCAUGAAUGCUUUAGUAAACUUCAGGGAGAUGAUUCCUCUGCUGGGAAUUUUCCGCAUUUUGGUGAUCGUCCUUAUCGUGGGAACAGAUGUGGGCUUCGCUCUGUACAGAAGAUUUCUGAGUGAUGAGGCUGGAUUGAAGGUGUCUUUUGUGGCCCACAUUGGUGGAGGAAUAGCAGGCAUGACCAUCGGCUAUGUUUUCUUCAGUAACUACAACCAGAAGCUUCUGAAGGACCCUCGCUUCUGGUUCUGCAUAGUGGGCUACAUCGUAUUCUUGCUCUUCGCUGUUCUCUUCAACAUCUUCCUCUCUCCAGCUUCUUACUAAGGAAGUGUUUACAUCCCAGGCAGAUGUCAACAAGGUCACAAUACAUGCACAUGUAUGUACAGUGGUAUGUUUAGGUUUUAAACUAUAGUUUUACCCUUAACCCAAGUGUCGUGGAUCAGAAAAAUUCAAAUUUUACAGUUUUCCACUGACCUCAGAGCAUCUGUUCAAGCAUCUAAGGCAUGUUUGGGGGACCUUAGUGCUAAAGUCAACUUAAGUGCUAAUGUAACCAGGUAAAAUCUGUACACCAAACAUGUCUUGGCUGAUCUGGGAAGUGGAAAACUGUGUGACAUUGAUUUUUCAACAAGCCUUAUUAAGACAGCACUUUCUUAGGUGGCUUCUAACACUGUAUGACACUGUUAUCUAUAAAAAUAGGCCAAAGUAUGUUAGAAAGCUAAAAACAACAGCUAUCUUGAAGCUUGAUUUUUGCUAAUAAUUUUGUCCAUUUGAAUAGAUCGAGUGCUUAUGAAGUAAGAGGAGAAAUGUGUCCAUUUGACUUUUCAACCAGCUGUUCCCUCAAGGCUUUCAGGUUAACACUUAAAUGUGUUCUUUGUACUGUAGCCCAUAACUUUUGUGUUGAUGCUGUUAUGGUAUUCACACUACUUUAAUUGCUCACCGUACAAAUGGCUCAUCAGAUCAGCUUAAAAAGUUAGUUCAUGUAGUAACAAGCAAUUGAACUAGCACAAAGUAUUUAUUUAGAUUGAAUAAAACUAGUUAAUGUACUUCUUACUACAUGAUGUAAAUUUUUUAGGUUGAUUUGGGGAGCCACUUUUUACAGUGUACACCAGAAUGCUCUUUUUUUUGUGCUGGUUUUCGUGAAGCUUCAACAUACCUCAACAAAAGCAGCUACAGACCACAUUUAUUUACAAAACGUGCCAUGUAGCCAAGCGGGUAUUUUGAUAUUUUAUACUGGUCAUUAAAAAUUGUCAACAUGUACUUUUUAUUUGUAGUGCCACUUGUUUUUAUUUUGUACAAUCAUGUUACCUACAAGUGCACUCUACAGGGUGAAAGGGUUUGUGUAAGUAUCUCAAAAUUAAGGCCAUUAGACUGAAUCUAUGUAGCUUCUCCAAUGGCCAAAGGCUCAGGUGUGCUGGGGGAGGGGGAGGGAACAGUAGCUUUACUUCCUCAUUUCUUGUAAUCUUCUCCUUUAUUUAGCAUUUGAUUUUGGUUGGUUAAGUCAGGGAUGUGUCAAAAUGACAAGUAAUUGGGUUUCAUUCAGGAUUAAGAGACUGUUUAUAAACAAGCUUGGAGCUUGUGCAAAGAGCAUUGAAGUUGCUGAGUUAUAGUUACAGCUCAGUUACAGUUUCACUUCAGCAUGGUUGUGAUGUCACAGCCAUCAACAUAUUUACAUUAAUCCUACAUUAAUUUAGCCCACAAUUCAUGUUAUAGUGUUGUGGAGUGUUUCUGCAGACAGAGUAUAUCCACUCUAAUAACUGUGAAAUGUUCAUAUAACGAUUAAACAUCGUGCUGUUUUUGGCCGUCAGGAAGCAAGUGGGUCAUUAUAGAUCUAAUCAUCUGUACAUCUGAACAGAGUGGCUGAAAUUUAUUCUCUGACUAUUUCUAUCUGAAUUUGUCAAUUUCUUCCAUAUAUAUUUCCAUACAGCUUUUCGCACGAGGAUAACCCGUCAUAAACAUGAAAUCUGGGCCCUUAAAUAUCUAAUAUUCUUUUAAUAUUCCCAGAAAAGUAUGUUGACAAGCUAUUUGAGGUUUAUGUGUGUUGAUGAACUAGUAGCAGGACCAUCCAACCAUGUAGGAACACUACCUUAAAACAGUUAGUCACUUCGAACAACAGAGGGCAGCAUUUAUACUGGGUUCACAGGCAAAUGUUUUCCAUGUUUUAUACAGUCUGGGUUGUGCUGUGUAGUCAGCAGGAUGUGCUGUUGCAUAAAGAGUUGAAAUGAGAUUAAUAUGAAAUUGUGUCACAUCAUUGAGUUUCCCUCAUUAUGUCACUGCAUAAAAUGCUUACCUAAAGAUGGGUUGUUGGGGUUCUGGUAGAAAAAUUUAAUAACACUUUUCUAUUAUUUUAAUAACACAUUAUUUUGUAAAUGUGUCAUUCCUUUCUACUACUGUAAUUUUUAU